ACACACACACACACACAGUGACUUGCCUCUCCCUUCCCUCCCUGCUUAUCUCCUCUGCUGUCGGAUGCUGGCGUGGUGAACAACAGGACUCACUUGGUUGAGCCGCAUGGAGGCACAGGGAGGGGCUCACAGCCCAGAGCCCAGUAAAGGUACAAAGAAGCUGCUAAAGCCCUCCAGCUCAGGCAACCUCUCUCAGGAGCACUUCCAGCAGCACACUGUAGGCGAGGAGGAGGAGGAGGAGGAAGAGGAGGAAGAAGAGGAGGGCGGCUGGAGAGGACACACCGCCAGCCUGCUGCACAUCUCGGAGAAGAGACAACCCCUGAGCAGCGUGUCCUCUUUGGAAGUCCAUUUUGAUCUCCUAGAUCUGACCGAGCUGACCGACAUGUCGGACCAGGAGCUGGCUGAAGUCUUUGUUGACUCUGAUGAAGAGAACCACAAUGAAUGUCCGCCAGGUUCCCAGCAGGCAGUUCUGGGAAAAGGCGGCUACAUGCGCUCUCCCUCAUGGACACGCUGCAGCAAGGUGGAGUUCCCACGAGAAAGGAAACACCACAGCGACUCGGACACCACCGUGGAGCCCUUAAUGAAACUGGAGAGGCCGAAACAACCUUGACCCGGUCGGUGUCUGACCUGGCGGGAAAUGAAGAUCCGAGUGGACAGCCUGAGUACCACUGGGCCACUGAGUGUUUUGUUGUGGUGCUGAUGAACAGAUGAGUUCAUGUUGAACUCAGGACACUUAGUGUUCUAAAAAAAAUCAGUGCACACACAUACACUUCUUCUCUCUCGUCUCGUUUCACUCGGAAGGAUUGAAGACAGGGUAGUAACAGAAGCGACUUAAUGCCAGGACAUGAGCCAAGGAAGUGUGUGAUGUGUUGUAAUGAUGACAAUUGCCUAAAACAUACUUCAUUAGGAUCUUUUUCAUGAAGUCAUAAUUUUCUUCAUUUUUCAAAGUGAUGACUAUCUUCUCAUUUACAUUGGUCCGCCAAAGUCAAGUCAAAGUGGUCAGAAGGAUUGAAAUGUUGAGUUAAUGUGAAUUUGCAUGAAUGCCAAACACGUAAUGAAGUGCCAACACUUGUUUGACGCAACAAGCAAAAGUGACAGCCCAGUUACUUGAUUAGUUUUUAAUCAAUAACUUGUCUAUCCCUGGACCAAUGAUCAUCCAGGAUGAUGUGAGUGACUGCGGGAGGGUAAAUUAAACAUCUUGAAAACUGG